AUGAGCCGGCUUUUAACAGACCGGCAAGCUGAGGAGCUGCAUAAAUCGAUCAUAGCAUAUUUCUCGUCAAUUGGCCUGUCGAACACCGCGGCAGCGCUACGAACCGAUCUGAAUCUUGGAGAGGAAACAUUCGAUGCGGCCACAUCCAAGAAAUAUGAAGGGUUACUAGAGAAGAAAUGGACGAGCGUGGUUCGAUUGCAAAAGAAGGUUAUGGAUCUUGAAAACCAGAAUCGCACGUUAAAAUUCGAACUCGAAAAUGCGACACCAUUAGCGGCUCGUCUUAAACAAGAUCCAGCAACAUGGCUACCGAAAGACCCAGCGCGAUACACCCUUGAAUCUCACCAAAAGGACGUCACAUGUGUCGCUUUCCAUCCAGUAUUCUCCUCUCUAGCUUCUGGGUCCGACGACUGCACUAUCAAGAUAUGGGACUGGGAGAUGGGAGAAAUAGAACGGACAGUCAAAGGCCAUACACGAACAGUGACAGAUCUUGAUUUUGGUGGACCACAAGGCGGCACAAUUUUGGCCUCAUGUAGUUCCGAUCUUACUAUCAAGCUAUGGGACCCGUCAAAGGAAUAUCAAAAUAUAAGAACAUUGCAUGGGCAUGACCAUAGUGUCAGUGCUGUCCGUUUUAUACCAUCGGGUGUGGGACAACAAUCAGGGAAUUUACUGGUCAGCGCAAGCCGGGAUGAGACCAUGAGGAUGUGGGAUGUGACUACAGGCUACUGUGUGAAGACAAUACAUGGUCAUACCGACUGGAUCCGCGACAUCAGUCCUUCUGUGGAUGGAAGGUACUUGGUUUCUACCGGAGAUGACAAGACUGGGCGUUUAUGGGAUAUUUCUGGCACGAUGCCAGAAUGCAAGGUUAUCUUGACUGGUCAUGACAACUAUAACAUAUGCUGUGUACUAGCACCCGCAGCAGCAUAUAAAUUUUUGGCUCCAUUGGCGGGAUUACAGAAGCCCCCUCCAGCCACCAGUACAGCAGAAUUCAUAGCAACGGGUUCCCGGGACAAAGUAAUCAAACUAUGGGAUGCUCGUGGCAACUGUAUCAAGACCCUGGUGGGACACGACAACUGGAUCCGAGCGUUGGUGUUCCAUCCAGGCGGCAAAUAUCUUAUCUCAGCAUCCGAUGAUAAAAGCAUUCGAUGUUGGGAUUUGAGCCAAGAAGGAAAGUGUGUCAGAAUACUCGAGGAUAUUCAUGGUCAUUUUGUUACAUCUCUUCGAUGGGCUCCAAGUAUUAUGAGAGUGAAACAGAACGGGCAACCUACUCCCGGCACGCCUAACGGCAAAGCCAUCGAUGUAAAGGCUGAAUCUGAGACACAAAUUCGAUGGUAUGACGAAAGAACGCUUCGUGUCACGGACACAUCAUUACCCCCUGGCGUCGCAAUCGAAGGUCAACUGGACGAAUUUAAAGCAUAA